AAAUCCGCCCAGCCGGUGACGUCUCGUCCCGGCCCACAACCAACCACAGCUCCGCCGCUUCUGCUGCUCUCUCCGCUCCUCGGCGUCGUCUGCACGCUACCGCCUCGCAGCCGCUCCCCGACUCCGCUCAAUUCUUCGCCGCCGCUGCUCGCCGUUCGCCCCAGCAUGGCCGCCGCGUCGUCCACCACCUCCGUCCACGACUUCACCGUCAAGGAUGCAAGCGGGAAGGAUGUUGACCUCAGCACCUACAAGGGGAAGGUUCUCCUCAUUGUCAACGUCGCAUCCCAGUGUGGAUUAACUAACUCCAACUACACUGAGCUGGCCCAGCUCUAUGAGAAGUACAAGGACCAAGGCUUUGAGAUCCUGGCUUUUCCAUGCAACCAGUUUGGCGGGCAGGAGCCUGGCACCAAUGAGGAGAUUGUCCAGUUUGCCUGCACACGCUUCAAGGCCGAGUACCCCAUCUUUGACAAGGUUGAUGUCAACGGUAACAAUGCCGCACCCAUCUACAAAUUCCUGAAGUCUAGCAAGGGUGGCCUCUUCGGUGACAGCAUCAAGUGGAACUUCUCCAAGUUCUUGGUUGACAAGGAGGGGCGUGUUGUGGAUCGCUACGCCCCGACCACUUCCCCUCUGAGCAUCGAGAAGGAUAUCAAGAAACUGCUUGGGAGCUCUUAAACCAUCGGGCUGGAACCUGUAGAAAAACCUGUACUCCUGCAUUGCUCUGAGCGCUAAAAUUUACAAUAAUGCGGUGUUAAUAAAGUAGUGCUCCAUAUAUCCAGGGGUUGCAGUACAUGCUCUAUUUCCCUUGCAUGAACUCUGUACUUGUAUAUUUCGUUUGAAUGGAGAUGAGGUGCCUAUGGUUA